AUAAGGUUUAUUAGUUACAGCUAUAAUCUAUUGUAUAAAAAAAAGCAAUCCGGAAGCAGUGUCUACGAAGACCGCAGGUACAUGGUACCAUUUUCCGCAUUGUGCAUCCAUUAAAAAAGGGUGCGGGACAAUUGGUCGCACGGCUAGCGCAUGCGCGACUAAUAAACGCCCUUUAAGCAUACAUGUGACUUGGAUGCGGACAUUUCUCGGGAGUAUCUGUCUGUAUCUAUAUAUGGUAGUGAGUGGUAUCAAUUAAGAAACUGGGUUAAAACAUUGACUUAGCUUAUUAUUUACCGGAAGACGUACAGAAUGCCAUGAGGGUGAAUGACAUAGCCCUAAUACAUUUUAAAUUCUGAUUUCUAUGAUUUUUAAAUUUAAUUCCUCGAUUGUUAUUAUUAUUAUUAAUGCUCUUUAAAUGACCGAGUGAGUAGUGGGUAGUAACGCCAUUUUUAGUUACACUAACAAAAAGUCCAUUAUUUGCCCAAGAUCUCAGAAAGGGAGUUAGCUUCUAAAGGUCACGCAUUUUUUUUUCCACUUUUGAUACAAACUCCAGAUACGUGAGUGUAAUGUACAAUAAAUGGUUUCUGACAUUCUGAACAACUAAAAUAUGUGUGUCACGUCAAAACAAUUAGCGUGCAUUGAAGUCUAGUACGCAUAUCCGUGCUUACUAAUUGCCAUUCGAAAGGCAUCCCAAUGAUGUGCCACGGUUGCUUGAAAAAUCUGUUUAUACUUAUAAUGAGAAUACCUAACUUGUGCUAUUUAGGAUGACAUUGAAUGAGUAGGCGCAUUCUUUGCAGGAGAUCAUAUUCAUGCUGCACAUGUGUGAGAUUCUGGAGGUUAUUUUAAUGCGUGAAUAAAAACGGUAGGUAGGUAGGCGGGUGGGUAAAACGGAUUGUGAAUAUUCAAAAUUUUGACCAUUUCAAAUUUCAUCGAUAAGGUUUUGAUGUUCUGUGAUAUUUCCAACCGGCAGACAGACAGACAGACUGGUUUGAAAUUCGUGAUUUUCAGAUUUGGAGUUAUAAAAACAAAAAGAUUGAUGCUUGGACCAUACUGUGUAUAGAUUGGAAAAGAUGCCUAUGAUUACAAUUGAAAUAAUCUCCGCUAGACAACAGUUUAGAAAAAUGGAAUUAGUAACAAAAGAUAUUUGGAAGAAAAAGAGAAAGCACUUACUUUUCUUCGGAUAAAAUAGGAAUCGUCGACUAUCAACUACAACUACAAAUUCAUAUAAAUGGCAUCUGGUAACAACAGUUCUAUCAUUGAAGAAGAGGGCGAGUUCUAUAUAAACUGCAGCGGGGUCUUUUCUAAUGGAAAUGCCACAGACGAACGGAUAGCACUCCUUUAUAAACAAUACAUUCCACCGAUGUUAAUAUUCUGUCUGGCUUCAGUUAUUAUUAACAUAAGGGUCUUACUUUCCGUUCGUUGGGUUCGAAGGCCCUUAUCUCCUACUCUUCACAUAAGCCUAAGUUUGGCAGCGGCCGACGCGUGCACUUCAGCACUAUUAGGAGUUGGUCUGUUCAUAAACAGCCUUCUGCCAAAAAUUAACAUCAGCGUAUCAUGUUUGGCCACAUAUACAUUGGAAAUGUUUCGACUUAGUGGCAUUAUCAUCACCGUUGUACAUUUGCUGGCUCUAAGUGUAAACCACUAUUUGGGGAUUUUAAAACCCCUACAUUACCCUUCGAUAAUGACAUCAGGCAAAACAAGCAUCGUCGUCAUGUUCCUCUGGAUCGUUCCUAUCCUAUUCAUAGCCACCUAUUUCUUGGUCUACAAGUAUUACGAAAAUUGUCACACAAUUACCUUCAUGACGUCGUUAAACUUUAGAAUGUUCUUCGCGUCAUUAUUUAUUAUUCCAUUGAUUCUAAUGAUAUUUUGCUACACCCACAUCCUGAUAAUUGUCAAGAGGCAACAGAAAGUUUGGAGUCAAUUAAGAAGAACUGGCAGCAGUCGAUAUCGUGCAAAUCGCGGAGUGAGCUCUCAGCAACGAGAAAUGGAAGGAAAUUUGAAAGCCAUAUAUACGACUCUUUUAAUACUCGGAUCCUGCAUGAUCGGUUGGUUACCCGCUAACAUCAAUUUCCUCAUAAUCUGCAGAAGUGGAUGUAUUAUAAGUGGCGAAAGCUAUGACAGUUAUGCACAAUGCUACAAGGAAUUGUUCUUCUACAUUAAUUGGACGGUCAAUAUGUUAAUUAUAUUGAAAACAAUGGCAAACCCUAUCAUUUACUCAUACCGAAUGGCAGAAAUAAAGGAAGGCACGCGCCGCAUGCACUUAGCUAUUUCGCAACUUUUCUGUAGACGCAGUUCAAUUAGUCGGACGGAAACUUACAUUUCAAAUUCGCAACGAUCGCAAUAUGGAUCAAGUCGAACAGGAGCUACAGGUGGUGCUGUUGGAGGCUCCGCGACCGCUUUCUGUCGAUUUAAUGGCAAUUCAGCUCAUCAUCACCGGAUCAUUAGUAAAAACGAACUUGCCAAUACGCUCUUGUAAUUGAUUGGAUACUUUACAUUUAUUCGCACAAAUAAAAUUUCACUUAUUAAACCGACAGUGAAGUUGAUCUAUUAUGAUCAACUACGUACGUAUGAGGGAAAUUGCCUGAGGAAAUGCUUAUAAGUCCGGAAGUACAGGAGGAAAUGAUGAUAUAAAAAGCUAAAAACUACCUAAAAACGAAAAAGGUAAUGAAAAAAGUCCAGAAACAGCAAUUCUACAUAUUGAUCAGUUAUCUAGACGGAAUUGUUUAUGUCUAUCAAUUAUUGUUUACAUAUUCACUCAACUUUCUGAAAAUUUAACCACC